AUGAAGAUCUUCAUUGCAUUUCUUCUUUUAUUAAUCUCUCCGAUUGAAUUACGUCGUCAUAAUGAUGAUAUGUAUGAAUUAGAUGAUCUUUUAAAGACUCAAUAUAAUUAUAGACAUCGCCCAUAUAAACAAAAUUUUUAUGAUCAAAGUGAUGAUGAACGAUAUGAUCCUUCAUUAUUUCAACAUGAAAAAUUAUCUUCAUCACGUAAAAAAGUUCUUGAUGAAAAUGAUGAUAUUGUUAAUGAAGAAUCUGAAAGUAAUGAUGGAACAGAUCGAUUAAAAUUAACAACAACAAUAAUUAAUCAAAAUGAUUUAUCUGAUCAAUCAUUAUGUAUUAAUAAAUAUGAUAUUAAAUAUGAACAAUUAAUUAAAGUAAAAGAAUUAAAAAAUGGUGCACAUAUGAUAAGAUAUAUUCUUAUUGAUAAAAGAUCAUUAUCAUCAAAUAUGAAUAUUCAUGAUAGUUGUAUGUUUAAUUGUUGUGAAGAAACAACUUGUGAUUUAGCUAUGCUUAGUGAGCAGCCAACUCAUGAUGGUUAUAAAUGUUAUUUAUUUGCUUGUAAUGGUAGUUGUACAUUAGCAUCACAUCAAGAUUAUACAAUUAUGAUACCUAAAAAAAAUUUAGCAUAUUAUACGAAAUCACUGACAACAAUUAUUGAUGAAAAAUUAACAUCAACGAUUUCUAAUGUUACUAUAUUACAAAAUAAAUCAUAUUUUCGUGAAAUAGCUGUUAUUAUAUUUCUUGUUUUGGGUCUUCUAUGUACAAUUAUUUUAUUUGUUAUACUCUGUUGUUAUUGUCGAAAAGUACGAAAGGGUGGUCGUAGACUGAAAAAUUAUGCUGUUGAUGCUGAUUAUUUAAUUAAUGGACUUUAUCUCUAA